AUGGAAAUCAAACGUUACAGCACUUUCAGUGCAUUUGCACUUGACGUGAUGACGGAAGUUUAUGCUAUCAGCGGAUUUCCAACGAAAGACGAGCGUCAGUGCAUUAGCGAAAUCAUCGGGGAAACAGAGAAGAGAGUUCAGGCUUGGUUCAAAGGAAGAAGAAAAACAGAUCGUAAUCACAGUAAAGAGCCGCUUCGUGGUGACAUCUCCGAGCUGUUACGUACUUUACAGAAAACCAGAUCCGUUUUCCAGCUGCAACCAACAUCCAAGAAGCGUAGGCGGAUUCUUGUGGAUGAAGAAACAGCACACAACAAUGUGAAGGAAACAUUGCGUAUUCUUAUGGAAGAACCACAUAUGACUCAGUCAGUUUGGCCAAAUCCGCCUCCGUGUUUCGGUGCUCCAUCACUCUCCAGUGGAUACGCUCCCUUCUCCUUCCCAGCACUCGCAUCAGCCUUUGAGACACCUUCAUCGAAGUCACCAAGCAAUGAGACCGGCUGUGUUUCAUUCACACCAGAACUUACAGAAUCGUCUAUUCUCAAGUCCAACAUCAGGAUCAGAGAUCCUUUUCAGGAUGAUCCCACACCGACAAAGAAGAAACGGAAGUUAGACAGUGACGUCACGUAUUCCAUUCCAUCCAUUGGGAACACGAUGGAAGAUAUCUACAACAUGACGUCAACACUUCUUCCACACAUUGACAACUUCCUGUGGGGCAUGGAGACACCUAGAUACACGUGAUUCCAUACGACUGUCAGAGAUUAAAAAUUAUAACAAUUGUGA